AUGGAGGUGACUGACCAAUGGUUUGGCGCAACGGUCGUCAGUCAAAAUAAAAAAACCGGCCGAGUCAUGGUUUGCGCCCCGCGUUACAGAAAUUACAAGACCCACCUGGUAAGAGGGGAAGGUAGGUGCAUCCUGAUGACAAACAACUUACGGGCUGAGAUGUACAUAGAACCAUGUCGUAACCGUGCCAUUUCGGACGGCUACUCAAUGUUUGCCCACUGUCAAGCUGGUUUCGGUACUGAUAUUACGGAGAACGAUGAGGUGUUAGUUGGGGCACCAGGGUCUAUAAACUGGAAGGGCAUGUCAUUCUUCAAAUCCAUUAGCAACGACAUAGAAGUUUAUGUCAGCGAGACACUUUACAAACAUGUGCCCGAAAUAAGCAACAGCAGCCAAUUGGCCACGGUCCCCAGUUUUUCAUACCUUGGUUGGUGUGGUGGUCUAGACAUAUUAGGCAAAUAA